AUGCCAGGUGGGCACGCUUCAACUGCUUUCAAUGUUGAUGAAAAUGAUUACCAGAGAUUUAUCGAUGGCCUAAGAUCCAUACUCUCAUUCUCCAGAUCACAUCGUAUCGGUGUGCUCAGGCCACAGACAGAGCCUGUAAGCUGGUUAGAUAUUCGCCUAACUUCUGGUGAUUCCACCAUCUUCUUGAGAAUCGAUCAAAGAAAUCUAUACGUGCGUGGCUAUUCGAGAGAUAACGGUAGAACAUUUUGGGAGUUUUCGGAUUCAUCUCUGAUUUCUGGAUCGAGACCUCUCGCUUAUGGCGGAAGCUAUAUUACUGGUUACAAUUUGGUUGGUGCUGCCGGCGGAGAUGUUACCCGUGGAACUCUUCAACUGGGUUAUCAAAAUUUGAGGAAUGCCAUUGCUAACCUAGCAAGAACAGAGGACCCGAACUCGACCCAAAACAAUGCAUUGCAGAAUUGUGCUAGAGCACUGCUGAUUCUAACUCAAAUGAUUUCUGAAUCCACUAGGUUUCAAUUAAUCACCAACCACAUUGUCACAAACUGGCACAAUUCUGCACCACUUACUCCACAACUCGUCCGCUUGCAACAGUCCUUUGGCACUUUUUCUAGUGCUGUCCAACGUGCUGACUUCCUCAACCCGACAGGUCAUACACCCUUGCCUAACAUCCGGGAACCUAACGAAGCCAACAUUUGGACCAUAAGUCAAGCCGUUGCUGCACUUGGGAUUUUGCUAAAUGUCCCGCGCACAAGCAGCCGCAUGAAACGCCAAGCUGAUGUUGAUUUUGGCAAUGCUGGUACUGCGGAUAAUGCUGCUGUUGCUGCUGCUGAUACAAAUGUUUCAUACGUGCGUACCUUGGUGAGCAUUGAGUAUGUACGUGUGAACAAUAUUGAUAGUGAAGAUCCUGGUCAACUUUACGGAACAGUGAAGGUCAAGGACUUUUGGGGCGUUCAUCUGGUGUAUGAUCGGAGUUCAAGUGACUACGAGAGCAAAGGUCCUGGCGGAUUUGCCACAUUGACAGGACCUUCUACUGGUAUUUCGGGCGAUGAUGUGUUCGGGAUCAGCGUCAGUUUGUGGGACUAUGACAGCUUGUCCCCUAACGACGAGAUUGCUGAAGGCGACAUUGUGUGGGAACCAAGAAAUGAGAAUCUAACUUUUGCCAAUUACGAUAAGCGUUUGGAGAAGGCUGUGGCUGGUAAAUAUGGCAAUGUUACGGUGGGUUACUCCGUAGUAAGACAAGCUCUCAAUGCCACUGUCAAGGUUUUGCUGAUCAACGGGGAUGAUGAAUCAUCGGCGGAGGUGUAUGGAACAAUCAAAGCUUCGCAAGUUAUAGGGGGAUCUUCAACAUCCCUCACACUGUUUGAGAAAUCGUCAGGUGAAUACGUCCCAGUGAAACCCUAUCAAUCUAUUCCACUAACUCGUUCAGUUGUGGUAGCACCAGUGAGUUCUGGGUUAACAAUCACAGCAGAUUUGUGGGAUUAUGAUACACUGUCACAUGAUGACCAAAUUGCUAAAGGAAGUUUACACUUUGAUGCAUCGGUCGGAACCCAAGCUAAGAGCAUAUACGGUCAAUAUGGUGAAGUGGAAGUAUACGUCACUUUUGAGUGA